AUGGAGAACUUCUGCAGGCAAUUAAUGAAUAUUGGAAACGGUGCUGUAAUUGUUGAGCAGGAUGGGAAGAUUAGUUUACCCUUUGGUAAUUUGGUGUCAAAUAUACACGAACUAUUGGCGAGAGUUUUCCCCAAUCUGAACACACAAUUCAAAGACCAUUGUUGGCUGAGAAAACGUGCAAUUUUGGUGCCAAAAAAUGUUGCAGUAGACAAUCACCCUCUGGAACAACUGCCUGGCGAUCGUCAAGCAUACAAGUCAAUUAAUAGUGUGCUCCACACCAAUGACGCUGUUCAUUACCCCGUUGAAUUCCUCAAUAGCCUUGCACCUUCAGGUCUAUCACUGCAUGAAUUGCAUCUAAAGGCUGGAGCCCCAGUUAUGCUUUUAAGAAACCUCAAUCCUCCAAAAUUAUGCAAUGGCACAAAACUUAUCAAAAAAUUGAUGCAGACAGUGUUGGAGGCAACACUAUUGACUAGGAAAGAAAGUGGUGAAGAUGUUUUCAUUCCAAAGAUUCCUCUGAUUCCUUCCGACACACAAAUUGAUUUCAAAAGGUUACAAUUCCCACUGAGAUUAAGCUUUGCAAUGAGCAACAACUCUGUAGUCAGACAUUGGAAGUAG